AGCUUCCUUUGAAUCUUCUUAGAGAACUAUCACAUCAAAGAAGAAACUUAAAACAAUAUCAAUGCUGUUUCUAUACCUACAAUUAAAAACCUGAUAAUUUCCAUGCAAUCCCCACCUACUAGAAAGAUGGAAGUGAAGGUCAGCUUUGGUCUAAAGUGCCUCUGUGUGAACACAAGUGUGAAUAUUCAGGUCCAUUACUGUAGUUAAAACAGAAAAAGGGAAAGUUGAGAACUCAGUCUCAGUUGUUUUACAGAUUAGAGAGGCACUGACCUACAUAGAAGUUCUCAGCUUUAGAGAGAGGAGUAAAGGGAAGAAAUCAAAGAAUGAAGGUGCAAAAAAAGGCAGGAUAAAUUGGGGAAGGGGGAGGUUUGGUAAAAGUAAUAGGAAGAAAAGAGGUUUUCUACAGAAGAUGGUAAUGAUGAAUUAUGGGAUAAGAAGCAAGGUGAGAACUCAGCCCUGGAGCAGAGGCUGAAGCACUAUCAAAACAUGAAAGUUCUCACCUUUUGUGGGUGGAGUCAAAGGAGGGGCCAACCCUAGACAGGAACAUAAAGAGACCCCAAGAGCUCAGUCCUGACAUCUUUUGCUGCCAGACCCCAAGGGUAAAGGCUGGAGGAAUAUCUGAGAAGGCAGGAAUCAGAAGCCUAGGAACAUGGAUGCAAGAGACUUAAUUGAAAACCUCAAGGCAGAUCUGACUUGCUCUAUCUGCCUGGGCUACUUCACUGAUCCAGUGAUUGUCAAAUGUGGCCAUAACUUUUGCAGAGUCUGUCUUCUCAGGUGCAGAGAAGAAGCAGAUGCAGCAUUCAAGUGCCCAGAAUGCAGAGGAGUCAUUGAAGACAGUGAUGUGGUGCCUAAUAGGAAGUUGGAGAAUCUGUCUAUGACUGGCAAAAGGCUCAGACCUCAUCUGCUUCAGAGCAUCACUCUGGCCCUCUGUGAUCAGCAUGGGGAAAAAGAGAAGUUCUUCUGUGAAGAGGACCAGAGACUCCUCUGUGCUUCCUGUGUAUUAUCCCCAGGGCACAAGGAUCACACAGUCCUUCCCCUGGAAAUGGCUGCUGGCAAGUGGGAGGACAAGAUCAAGCACACCCUGAAUACCUUACAACGAAAAAAAGAAGAAUUUAAUGUUGCAUUGGACAGAGUGACAAAGAGAAGGAGACUCUGUAAGAAGGCUAUACGCUCUUUAAAAGAAUCUGUUAUUUCAGAAUACAGGAAACUACAUGACUUCUUAUGGGAGGAAGAAGAGCUCUAUCUAGAAACACUGGACCAGCAAUAUAAAAACAACUUGGAAAAACUGGAGCACAACACAGCAAAACUGUCACAACAAAUUCAAAAUCUGGAAAGAAUGAAAAUAGAACUAGAGGAGAAUUUGGACAAGGAGCCCUUGGAAAUGCUCCUGGAUAUGAAGGACACUUUGGCAAGGAAUGAGGAGCUGCUCCUUCAAGAACCAGAGGUUGCUUCCCUUGCCUGGAACACCAGCCCCAUCACUGGCUUGACCAAGAUGCUCAAGAGAUUCCAGAGUGAUAUAAGUCUUGAUCCUGAAUCAGCCAAUCCACAUCUCAUCCUGUCUGAAGAUCUGAAGAGUUUCAAGUAUGGAGAUGUCCCACAGGACCUUCCUGACAACAAGGAAAGAUUUGAUAAUGCUCUUGCUGUACUGGGGGCCCAGACCUUUACUUCAGGCAAACACUAUUGGGAAGUAAAGGUAGGAGAUAAGACAGAGUGGGUAGUGGGAGUCUGUAAAGAUUCAGUCAGGAGAAAAGGGCAACUCUCCUCAUCUGAGAAUGUAUGGACCUUAGUAAGUUUGAGAUCUGGAUAUCUUUGUGUCCUCUGUAAUUCUAAAUAUGGCACUCAUUGGAAUUACCCUAUAGACCAAAUAGGUAUUUUUUUGGAUUAUGAUAAAAGACAUAUAGCAUUUUAUGAUGCCAUGAAUGGAUACUUAAUUUCUAGUUUCUCAGACAUGGACUUUGAAGGGCCUCUUCGCCCUUACUUCUCUCUAUGCUGUCCUAAUGGAGAAAGUACUCCUGGGUCAAUUAUGCUAAUUAAUAUGGGAGAUUCUCAGUAA